GGACCAUGCGGCGCCUGACUCGCCGCCUGGCGCUACCCAUCUUCGGGGUGCUCUGGAUCACCGUGCUGCUCUUCUUCUGGGUCACCAAGAGGAAGUUGGAGGUGCCGCUGGGACCCGAAGUGCAGACCCCCAAGCCUUCUGAUGCGGAUUGGGAUGACCUGUGGGAGCAGUUUGAUGAACGGCGGUAUCUGAAUGCCAAAAAGUGGCGCGUUGGUGAUGAUCCCUACAAGCUGUAUGCUUUCAACCAGCGGGAGAGUGAGCGGAUCUCCAGCAAUCGGGCUGUCCCAGACACACGCCAUAAGAGGUGUUCGCUGCUUGUAUACUGCACGGACCUUCCCCCCACCAGCAUCAUCAUCACCUUCCACAAUGAGGCACGCUCCACGCUGCUCAGAACCAUACGCAGCGUGUUAAACCGCACCCCUACGCAUCUGAUCCAGGAAAUCAUAUUAGUGGAUGACUUCAGCAAUGACCCUGAGGACUGCAAGCAGCUAAUCAAACUGCCCAAGGUGAAGUGCUUGCGCAACAGUGAGAGACAAGGUUUGGUCCGGUCCCGGAUGCGGGGUGCUGACAUUGCCCAAGGUACCACUCUGACAUUCCUGGACAGCCACUGUGAGGUGAACAGGGAUUGGCUGCAGCCCCUCUUACAUAGGGUCAAAGAGGACUAUACAAGGGUAGUAUGCCCUGUGAUUGACAUCAUUAACCUGGACACCUUCAACUACAUUGAAUCUGCCUCAGAGCUCAGAGGGGGGUUUGACUGGAGCCUCCACUUCCAGUGGGAGCAGCUGUCCCCAGAGCAGAAGGCUUUGCGCUUAGACCCUACGGAGCCCAUCCGGACUCCGAUCAUAGCUGGAGGGCUCUUCGUGAUUGACAAAGCCUGGUUCGAUUACCUGGGUAAAUAUGACAUCGACAUGGACAUCUGGGGUGGGGAGAACUUUGAAAUCUCCUUCCGAGUGUGGAUGUGUGGAGGCAGCCUGGAGAUCAUCCCCUGCAGCCGGGUGGGGCAUGUCUUCAGGAAAAAGCAUCCCUAUGUUUUUCCUGAUGGAAACGCCAACACGUACAUAAAGAACACCAAGCGGACAGCUGAAGUGUGGAUGGAUGAAUACAAACAGUACUACUAUGCAGCCCGGCCUUUCGCCCUGGAGCGACCGUUUGGGAACAUUGAGAACAGGCUGAACCUGAGGAAGAAUCUCCACUGCCAGACCUUCAAGUGGUACCUGGAGACUGUCUACCCAGAACUCAGGGUACCCCCAGACUCCUCCAUCCAGAAGGGCAAUAUCCGGCAAAGGCAGAAAUGCCUUGAGUCUCAAAAGCAGAAAAACCAAGAGGCUCCACACCUCAGGCUAAGCCCCUGCAGCAAGGUCAAAGGAGAUGGAGCAAAGUCUCAGGUGUGGGCCUUCACAUACACCCAGCAGAUCAUCCAGGAAGAGCUGUGCCUGUCUGUUGUCACCCUGUUCCCCGGCGCCCCGGUAGUUCUUGUUCUGUGCAAGAAUGGGGAUGAAAGGCAGCAAUGGACCAAGACUGGUGCCCGCAUCGAGCACAUAGCAUCCCACCUCUGCCUGGACACAGACAUGUUUGGUGACAGUACCGAGGAUGGCAAGGAGGUGGUUGUCAACCCUUGUGAGUCAUCACUCAUGAGCCAGCACUGGGACAUUGUGAGCUCAUGAGACUCCUGGGCAGAUCCAGCUAUGGACCAAGGAUGAUGCUUCCCUGGACCAAACCAAAAUGGAACCCAGGCUGUAAACAGCCCAUGACUGCACCCGAUGCUCACGACUGGAGGUGGAGCAAAGGCCCCCAGGACAGGAGCAACUGUCUCAGGGAAGAUGGAGGAAAAGGUCACAAACCAGCAGGGCUCAGCAACACCCACACAUGUGCAAUAUUGUGAAGGUCCAGUCCUGGCCAGGCUUUCUGAUUGGGACCUGGAGAUGGAGAUCCGAUGAGAAGUGUUUGUUGAACCCUUUCUUACAAAACAAGGCUCCUUCUGGAGGCCAGAAAGGAAAGCUGUCCUUGUCACUGUGUGAGAACUACUUGGAAAGAUGCAGAAUGGAGAUGUUUUUCAGAACAAAUAAAGUUAACAUUGGAACUCGUCCUUCCAUAAGCUCAUGCUGCUUCUUCAGUUAGCUCAGCGCCUAAAACUGAGCUACCCACUGAACAAGGGUGGGGUGUCUUGGGGUAGAAUGGAUGAAGAAGACAGGAAAAUGGGAACCUUGUACCUUUAGGUUACCACCAACCAGAUAUGCAAUCUUAGAAAGAUGCUUCAGGGGACUAGCAAGACGGCUCAGUGGGCUUGCCAUUAGCCUGAUGAGUUUGAUCUCUCAGUCCUAUAUGGUGGAAGAAGACAAUGGACUCUCUGACCUACACACGCAUGUACAUGCACGCACAUACACACACACAGAGAGAGAGUGAAAGAGGUACGCAGGCCCUCACUCAUAGUAUCACACACAAAAUAAGUAAAUAAAUGUUAUAAUUUUUAAGAUACUUCAGAGUUGGGUAGAUGGGCACACUUGGCAAGGUGUUUGCCUAUGAGAUUGAGCCUCAAAACUUACAUAAAAACAUACUCUUGUAAUCCCAGAACUAGAGGGGCAGAAUUGGGUGAAUUGCUGGGGCCUGUCAGCCAGCCAGCCUAGUCUACUUGGCAAAUUCCAGGCUGGUCAGAGACCCUAUAUCAAAACAAACAAACAAACAAACAAACAAAAAACCCAUGAUGGACAGUACUUGAGGAAAAAUUCCUAAGAUUGACUUUUAAGCUCUACUUACAUGUACAUGUUAUACCUGCACAUAGAAACACAUACAUACACACGCACACACAAUACACAUACAUACACAACACAAAGCACUUUUUUAGCCUACCA